AUGGAUUUACAAGGCUUGUUUGCCAAUUCUGUCAUUGGGGACUUUGCAGCCCGACACCCACGAACAUUGAAAGAUGAAGACGACGAACUCGAGCCAAGCAAGGGAGGCGGACUCUUAGACUUUUUAAGGCUACCCACCAGACCUGUCGGCUGGAAAAUCGGGCACCAGAUUAUGAGCAUCAUGAAACUGGAUCAGAUUACUGACAACCUACCGGAGCGUCCAGAGUCUUUUAAACAUGUAUACCUUGCAUGCGUCCCGCAUCGUGCUUAGCCAAUCUCGUUUUCACAUUGGUCAGUGUUCUCGCAAGGCUAUUUCUACCAUCUAUCUGCUCCAGAUCUCGGAUCAGGUCUGAUAUAUCAAAGCGGAUCAGGGAUAGACAAGCGAGAAAAUGUUAUCCUUAAGGUGGAAAACAUGAAGGACCAGACUGAUACGGGCAUACACAAGAAAUUGCCGCUGAUUGUGUACGAAAUUGGAAGUACAGACUACUCGCCACGGAAAUUCAGAUGA